ACCGCUGCAAGUUUUACCCAUAACAAAACAAUCUACCCUUGCUACAAUGGUCUUCAAACUCUACGGCGCCUCCCUCUCCACCUGCACCAAACGCGUUGCCAUCGUCCUACACGAGAAGAACGUCCCCUUCGAAUUCCACCCCAUCGAUUUCGCGACUGGCCAACACAAGUCGCCCGAGUAUCUGAAGUACCAGCCGUUCGGCCAAGUUCCAUAUAUUGAUGACGACGGCUUCAUCUUGUACGAGAGUAGGGCUAUUUGCCGAUACAUCGCGGAGAAAUACGCGGGUCAGGGUACGGCUCUGAUCCCUACGGAACUCAAGGCCAAGGCUAUCUUCGAGCAGGCUGCGUCAGUUGAGAAGGACAACUUUGAUGCUUUGGCGGCUAAGGCGAUUUUCGAGAAGGUGUUCAAGCCUAAGCAUGGGCUUACACCCAACCAAGAGCUUGUCGACGAACUCCUUGGGAACUUAGACAAGAGGCUCGAUGUAUACAACCAGAUCUUGAGCAAGCAGAAGUACGUUGCUGGCGAGGAGGUCACCCUUGCUGAUCUCUUCCACAUUCCUUACGGCGCCUUGUUGCCCGCAGCAGGCAGCAACCUUCUCGAUACCAAGCCUAAUGUUGCUAGGUGGUGGAAGGACAUCACGUCCCGCCCUUCCUGGAUCGCCGUCAGGGAUGGUGUCAAUUCUACCGCUUAAGGGGUCAUAUACCAAGAAUAAUACCAAUCCAAUGUACUCUACGUGUUAUAGAAUCUUUUGGUGUUGCC